AAUUACUUCCUAGUGCUUCUAGUAAACCAGGAGUCUAACCUGACUGGAAAGAUCGGUUAAACAAGGCUCUUACUUUGUCUCUGUGGAUACAUACACGUGGAUAAGGUUUCACUUCAUUUGAACCUAAGGUUACUGCUAGAGGGACUGUGAAGAUGUCAUUCACCACUGCUGUUCAUCUCCUGGCACUGGUGGUAAUAUGUGACCGGGUUAAAUCUCAUCACAUCAACUUCAACAAUGUCAAACCUCCUGUGGAAGCCACUCCAUUCCCUAAGAGCUUCAAGUGCUUCACCUGUGAGAGAGCUGCAGACAACUACACCUGCAACCGCUGGGCUGAGGACAAGUGGUGUCCACCGAAUAGCCAGUUCUGUAUGACAGUGCACCAUUUCACCAGUCACGGCAAGACCAAGUUUGUAACGAAGAAGUGUGCUGCUCGUGAGGAGUGUCAUACGUCUGGCUGUAGACAUCACAGGGACACAGGUCACACUGAGUGUGUGUCGUGCUGUGAGGGUAUGAUCUGCAACGUGGAGGUCCCUACCAACCACACCAAUGCUGUGUUUGCCAUGAGGCAGCAGGCCUACAGCUCAGCCCCAUCCCAGACUCCUGUUAGGACGACGUGGAGCUGCUGCUGGCUGACGUUACUGUCCACUCUGGGCCUGGGGCUGACCAGGCUGGUCCUACUGUGAAACUACUGUCACUCAAACCAGGUCCCUAUAGAGGGGACCAGACUGAACCAGAACAACAUGUCCCUCAGACCAGGUCCCUAUAGAUGGGACCAGACUGGACCAGACCAGCAUGUCCCUCAGACCAGGUCCCUAUAGAGGGGACCAGACUGGACCAGAACAGCAUGUCCCUCAGACCAGGUCCCCAUAGAGGGGACCAGACUGGACCAGAACAACAUGUCCCUCAGACCAGGUCCCUAUAGAGGGGACCAGACUGGACCAGACCAGCAUGUCCCUCAGACCAGGUCCCUAUAGAGGGGACCAGACUGGACCAGACCAGCAUGUCCCUCAGACCAGGUCCCUAUAGAGGGGACCAGACUGGACCAGAACAACAUGUCCCUCAGACCAGGUCCCUAUAGAGGGGACCAGACUGGACCAGAACAACAUGUCCCUCAGACCAGGUCCCUAUAGAGGGGACCAGACUGGACCAGACCAGCAUGUCCCUCAUACCAGGUCCCUAUAGAGGGGACCAGACUGGACCAGAACAACAUGUCCCUCUGAACAUGGAGGAUGUGUGUUUUUACAAGUCUGAUGGUAAUCUGUGAUAAAGAUGUCACAUGGAUCGAUCAAUCACAAAGGACUACAGCAGUGUCAUAAUGACUGAUGCUUGGUUUACCAAUGACCACUGAUGACACUGGUUGGAUCUACAUAAGCCAAUGGAACUGGAGAAAAACAUCCAUGGAACCAAUAGAUUUGGCCAGAGUAACAAUAACAAUGGUCAGUGGAUCUACAAAACUGGAUGCAGAGCAUCGGACUGCAGAUACAUAGAGUUACUGUAGUUUGUUGGCUAGGGGAGUUGGCUAGCAGAGCAGCCAGAAGGGUUCAAGGAGGAUAAUGGUUUGUUCCAUUUUGCCCAUCAUAAGUCUGUCUAAUAUCUACUGCUGAUUCAAAGAUGGAGGCCCAGUAACUCUUUCCUCACCCAGCCCUGCCCUACACUACGGUUUCCUCACCCAGCGUCUUCCAGAGCCUUAAACUAAUGUUUCCUCACCCAGCGUCUUCCAGAGCCUUAAACUAAUGUUUCCUCACCCAGCCCCUUCCAGAGCCCUAAACUAAUGUUUCCUCACCCAGCGUCUUCCAGAGCCCUAAACCAAUGUUUCCUCACCCAGCGUCUUCCAGAGCCCUACACUACUGUUUCCUCACUCAGCGUCUUCCAGAGCCCUAAACCAAUGUUCCCUCACCCAGCCCUGCCCUACACUACUGUUUCCUCACUCAGCGUCUUCCAGAGCCCUAAAUUAAUGUUCCCUCACCCAGCCCCUUCCAGAGCCCUAAAUUAAUGUUCCCUCACCCAGCCCCUUCCCUGCCACAGUCAUAAACUACUGUAAAGAGCAUGAGACUGUUCCCUCACCCAGCCCCAACACAGUAUUAAA